UUGGAUGUGUUUGUGGUGAUAGAGUGGACAUACAGUCGAUUCUAUCCGUUACACGCGGCCACACAAUUGGGUGAUAUCGCGACUGUGGAGGCGCUGAUCAUAAAACACAAGUUGUCUCCCAAUGAAACCGAUUACGACUAUCUGACACCUCUUCAUAUCGCGUGUUUCGCGGGUCACGUCUCGUGCGCCCGACUCCUCAUCCAAUGCGGCGCUCAGAUUAACGCCCGGAGUAUAGACGGCGGGACUCCUCUGUGCGGCGCCUGUGCUUCCGGUCAUUACGAGUGCGUCCAACUCCUUCUCGGCAACGGAGCCGCUGUUAAUCCCGUCCAUUCACUCUCCACACCAUUACAUGAGGCGGCCUUUUCAGGAAAUGUGAAUUGUGUGGAUGUGUUGAUCGGAUGCGGAGCACUGCUCAACACAUAUGACUGCAACUUUGGGACACCACUACACGCGGCUGUCUUCCAGAACCGAUACAAAUGUGUCAAACGUCUACUACAGGCCGGCGCUAACGUAAACGCCACCAAAUUUCACGAAACACCACUUCAUUUAGCCGUUUCCAUGAAUCAUAUGGAAAGCGCGUUAGAAUUGCUUAGAUUUGGUGCCAAUACUAAUUGCAGAAAUGUGAAUUGUGUGGAUGUGCUGAUAGGAUGCGGAGCACUGCUCAACACAUAUGACUGCAACUUUGGGACACCACUACACGCGGCUGUCUUCCAGAACCGAUACAAAUGUGUGAAACGUCUACUACAGGCCGGCGCUAACGUAAACGCCACCAAAUUUCACGAAACACCACUUCAUUUAGCCGUUUCCAUGAAUCAUAUGGAAAGCGCGUUAGAAUUGCUUAGAUUUGGUGCCAAUACUAGUCUAACUAAUAACCAGAAUAGAAGACCCAUUGAAUUAAUAGUUAAUAAAAGCGGACCACUCUAUGAAGCCCUGUAUUCAUCGGAAAAACAUCCGCCACUUCUUCAAGACGUCUGUCGACAGGCUUUGGUUAGGAAUCAAACGCUCAAAAAACUCAAUUCUCUCACUUAUUUACCACAAUAUCUAAUCGAUUUCAUUAAUUUUAAUCUAUAAACAUAUUUGUAAAUAAAUUCAUUUAAAUAACAAUAUGACAACUUUUCUACAAAAUCAAAGUCUUCAUACAGUGAAGAAAGUAUAAGACAGGUUUGAAUACAGUGUUUGACAAGUAGUGCAUGCAAUAGCACUGAUUUGCAUGUGAUUUAAAUACUCUGACACUUUUAGAUAUAUAUAGUGAACAAAUAAGUAAUUCAAUAUAUCGACAAUUUAGUUAUUAGUUUAUCAUUGUUUAAAUAAGGAAAUGCAAUGUACGAGACAAACGCCACUCUCGAUGGUGUGUAGAGGCGAUGGAUUACUUCUACUACUGUUUACACCGAUAUAUAAUUAUCAGAAUCAGGCCAUCACUGACUGGCGACAGACUUUUGUAUCUUUACUUCAAAAGUCAAUAUUUACAGAUCCCUGAUAUAGCAGUCGUCUUCAUAAAUAA